CGCACAUUUCAUACGAUCUUAAAAUAUAUAGAUUUGGUCACUUAACGUUGCGCGCGUUGUCAAUACGGUCGUCAGUCGUCGCCUGCCAUCGUUCAGCUCCUCUUCUUCCUUCGUGAUAAUACGAAAUAAGACUAAACCAGCAAGAUGUCCAACUCCAAGCCUGCAUAUAAAGUUGCCGAUAUCGGUCUGGCCGAAUGGGGACGCAAGGCGAUCAUCAUUGCGGAGAACGAGAUGCCCGGCUUGAUGGCGUGCCGCAAGAAAUACGGCCCGUCCAAGAUCCUUAAGGGUGCCCGCAUCACCGGCUGCCUUCACAUGACCGUCCAAACGGCCGUACUCAUCGAGACCCUCGUCGAGCUGGGCGCCCAAGUGCAGUGGUCCAGUUGCAACAUAUUCAGCACACAGGACAAUGCAGCGGCGGCAAUUGCGGCAACUGGCGUGCCAGUCUAUGCGUGGAAGGGGGAAACCGAUGAGGAGUACAUGUGGUGCAUUGAGCAGACGCUCGUCUUUCCCGAUGGCCAGCCCCUGAACAUGAUACUGGAUGAUGGUGGGGAUCUGACCAAUUUGGUCCACGAACGUUUCCCCAACUAUUUGAAGGGCAUCAAGGGUCUCAGCGAGGAGACAACGACUGGUGUCCACAAUCUCUACAAGAUGUUCAAGGACGGCAAACUCGGUGUACCAGCGAUCAAUGUCAACGAUUCGGUGACCAAGAGUAAAUUUGAUAAUUUAUAUGGUUGCCGGGAGUCGCUGAUCGAUGGCAUUAAGCGGGCAACGGAUGUGAUGAUUGCCGGCAAGGUUUGCUGCGUCGCUGGCUAUGGGGAUGUGGGCAAGGGUUGCGCCCAGGCACUGAAGGGAUUCGGCGGUCGUGUCAUCGUCACCGAGGUCGAUCCGAUCAAUGCAUUGCAGGCGGCAAUGGAGGGCUACGAGGUGACCACCAUGGAGGAGGCCAGCAAGGAGGCGUCCGUCUAUGUGACAACGACUGGAUGUCGCGACAUCAUCACAUCGACCCAUCUGCUCAACAUGCCCGACGAUGCCAUCGUCUGCAAUAUCGGGCAUUUCGAUUGUGAGAUCGAUGUCGAUUGGCUGAACACCAAUGCCAAGUCCAAGGUGACUGUGAAGCCACAAGUGGAUCGGUAUACGAUGCCAAAUGGACGCCAUAUCAUCCUGCUUGCCGAGGGGCGACUCGUCAAUUUGGGCUGUGCCCAUGGUCAUCCCAGUUUCGUCAUGUCCAAUUCGUUUACCAAUCAGGUGUUGGCCCAAAUUGAGCUGUGGACGAAAUCGGAACAGUAUGCGAUUGGGGUGCAUGUCCUGCCCAAGCUGCUCGACGAGGAGGUGGCCAGCCUCCAUCUGGACAAGCUGGGCGUUAAGCUCACCAAGCUGACCGACAAGCAGGCCGCCUAUCUUGGUGUCCCCAAGACGGGUCCCUUCAAGCCCGAUCAUUACAGAUACUAAAAAGGAUACUAAAGUGAAUUUCAACAAGAACAACUUCAAUUCCAGUACAAAUCCCCCAAUUCCUGUGGUUAUCUUUUUAGUUCUCUUUUUUGCAUUUAUCGCAAGCCAUAAUAAUAAAAUCAAAGCUUGAAGCAA